UUCUCCACAAUGGAUGGAGUGUAUGAAAUUCCUGAGGAGCCAAAUAUGGUUCCUAUUUCAUCUCUGGAAGAAGAUGUCAUCCGUGGACUUAACCCACACUUUACCUUUCCAUUUAGUAUCCUCUUCUCCACCUUUUUGUACUGUGGUGAAGCUGCAUCUGCCUUGUAUAUGGUUAGAAUUUACCGAAAGAAUAAUGAAACCUUCUGGAUGACAUAUACCUUUUCCUUCUUCAUGUUUUCAUCCAUUAUGGUUCAGUUGACCCUCAUUUUUGUCCACAGAGACCUGGCCAAAGAUAGACCAUUAUCAUUAUUUAUGCAUCUAAUCCUCUUGGGACCUGUUAUCAGGUGUUUGGAGGCCAUGAUUAAGUACCUUACACUGUGGAAGAAAGAGGGGCAGGAAGAGCCUUAUGUCAGCCUUACUCGAAAGAAGAUGCUAAUAGAUGGCCAGGAGGUGCUAAUAGAAUGGGAGGUGGGCCACUCCAUCCGGACCCUGGCUAUGCACCGUAAUGCCUACAAACGUAUGUCACAGAUUCAAGCCUUCCUGGGCUCAGUGCCCCAGUUGACCUAUCAGCUAUAUGUGACUCUGAUCUCUGCAGAUGUCCCCCUGAGUAGAGUUGUGCUAAUGGUUUUUUCCCUGAUAUCUGUCACCUAUGGGGCUACCCUCUGUAAUAUGUUGGCUAUCCAGAUCAAGUACGAUGACUACAAGAUUCGCCUUGGGCCACUGGAAGUCCUUUGCAUCACCAUCUGGAGGACUUUGGAGAUUACUUCCCGCCUUGUGAUUUUGGUGCUCUUCUCUGCCACCUUAAAGUUGAAGGCUGUGCCCUUCUUAGUGCUCAACUUCUUGAUCAUCCUUUUUGAGCCCUGGGUUAAAUUUUGGAGGAGUGGUGCCCAAAUGCCAAACAAUAUUGAGAAAAAUUUCAGCCGAGUUGGCACUCUGGUGGUAUUGAUUUCUGUCACCAUCCUCUAUGCUGGUAUCAACUUCUCUUGCUGGUCAGCCAUGCAGUUGAAGUUAGCAGACAGAGACCUUGUUGACAAAGGUCAGAAUUGGGGACAUAUGGGACUGCACUACAGUGUGAGGCUGGUAGAGAAUGUGAUAAUGGUCUUGGUUUUUAAGUUCUUUGGAGUCAAAGUGUUACUGAAUUACUGCCAUUCUUUAAUUGCUGUGCAGCUUAUUAUUGCUUAUCUGAUUUCCAUUGGAUUCAUGCUCCUUUUCUUCCAAUACUUGCAUCCAUUACGCUCACUCUUCACUCAUAAUAUAGUAGACUACCUCCAUUGUAUCUGCUGCCGCAGACAACAUCGGGAAAGGGUUGAGAACUCAGAGCCACGUGGUGAGACUGACACAAGACAAAGUAUUGUCUGA